UCUUAGCAAGAUGAAGUCCCAGUUUUUACUCAUGCUUAUUGGAAAUAUUGCUUGGUGGUUCGUCUCUGUGGUUUAUGGUUCACAAACUGGUGAUGUGAGACUUAUUAAUGGACCACAUAACUGCACUGGAGAUGCACAGAUUGUCUAUAAUGGGAUGUGGGUCUAUCUUUCUUUAUCAAUCAACACAAACAAUUAUGGAGCAUAUUGGUAUCUCAGCAAUAAUAUAUCAACCGGACUGUGCAGUCAGCUGGGAUGUGGAAAUAUUGUGUCAUUGAGCUAUAACACCAUAAGCACCAACGUUCUGCAAGCCCAAUGCACUGGAAGAGAGUCUGCUGUUACAGAGUGCAACCUUUAUUUUCAGAGUGGCUCGUCCUGGUACAGUACCCUGACAUGUUCAGGUAAUGUGCGGCUGGUGAACGGCUCCAGUGAGUGCGGUGGGAGAGUAGAGUUGCUCUACAACAGCCAGUGGGUUUCUCUCUAUGACACUGGGUGGACGACACAGCAGUCAAAUGUUGUGUGCAAUCAGCUGGGAUGUGGACCGGCUGUGGCAACUGGAAGCGGCGAGACCCCUGGAUCUGCCCUGCAGGCUCUCUGCUCUGGGGCUGAAUCUGCCCUGCAGUCCUGUUCCUUCCAGUCCUGCUCCAGCUGUGCUGCCAACAACUCCAGAUCCGUGACUGUUGUGUGUUCAGGUGGUGUGAGACUUGUUAAUGGACCGCAUAACUGCGCUGGAGAUGCACAGAUUUUCUAUAAUGGGAUGUGGGUCUAUCUUUCUUUAUCAAUCAACACAAACAAUUAUGGAGCAUAUUGGUAUCUCAGCAAUUCUAUAUCAGCCGGACUGUGCAAUCAGCUGGGAUGUGGAAAUACUGUGUCGCUGAACUAUAACACCACUGGAAGCACAAAUGUUUUGCACGCCCAAUGCACUGGAAGAGAGUCUGCCGUUAAAGAGUGCAACCUUUAUUUUCAGAGUGGCUCGUCCUGGUACAGUACCCUGACAUGUUCAGGUAAUGUGCGGCUGGUGAACGGCUCCAGUGAGUGCAGUGGGAGAGUAGAGUUGCUCUACAGCAGCCAGUGGGUUUCUCUCUAUGACACUGGGUGGACGACACAGCAGUCAAAUGUUGUGUGCAGUCAGCUGGGAUGUGGACAGGCUGUGGCAACUGGAAGCGGCGAGACCCCUGGAUCUGCCCUGCAGGCUCUCUGCUCUGGGGCUGAAUCUGCCCUGCAGUCCUGUUCCUUCCAGUCCUGCUCCAGCUGUGCUGCCAACAAGUCCACAUCCGUGACUGUUGUGUGUUCAGGUGGUGUGAGACUUGUUAAUGGACCGCAUAACUGCGCUGGAGAUGCACAGAUUUUCUAUAAUGGGAUGUGGGUCUAUCUUUCUUUAUCAAUCAACACAAACAAUUAUGGAGCAUAUUGGUAUCUCAGCAAUUCUAUAUCAGCCGGACUGUGCAAUCAGCUGGGAUGUGGAAAUACUGUGUUGCUGAACUAUAACACCACUGGAAGCACAAAUGUUUUGCAAGCCCAAUGCACUGGAAGAGAGUCUGCCGUUAAAGAGUGCAACCUUUAUUUUCAGAGUGGCUCGUCCUGGUACAGUACCCUGACGUGUUCAGGUAAUGUGCGGCUGGUGAACGGCUCCAAUGAGUGCGGUGGGAGAGUAGAGUUGCUCUACAGCAGCCAGUGGGUUUCUCUCUAUGACACUGGGUGGACGACACAGCAGUCAAAUCUUGUGUGCAGUCAGCUGGGAUGUGGACCGGCUGUGGCAACUGGAAGCGGCGAGACCCCUGGAUCUGCCCUGCAGGCUCUCUGCUCUGGGGCUGAAUCUGCCCUGCAGUCCUGUUCCUUCCAGUCCUGCUCCAGCUGUGCUGCCAACAACUCCAGAUCCGUGACUGUUGUGUGUUCAGGUGGUGUGAGACUUGUGAAUGGAUCACAUAACUGCACUGGAGAUGUACAGAUCUUCCUUGAUGGGACAUGGAUGUAUUUUUACUUUUUAAUCUCCUAUUACAAGAAUGCACCAUACUGGUAUCUCAGCAAUUCUAUAACAGCCGGACUGUGCAGUCAGCUGGGAUGUGGAAAUACUGUGUCAUUGAGCUCGAACACCAUUGGAAGUAAUGUGCGGCUGGUGAACGGCUCCAAUGAGUGCGGUGGGAGAGUAGAGUUGCUCUACAGCAGCCAGUGGGUUUCUCUCUAUGACACUGGGUGGACGACACAGCAGUCAAAUGUUGUGUGCAGUCAGCUGGGAUGUGGACAGGCUGUGGCAACUGGAAGCGGCGAGACCCCUGGAUCUGCCCUGCAGGCUCUCUGCUCUGGGGCUGAAUCUGCCCUGCAGUCCUGUUCCUUCCAGUCCUGCUCCAGCUGUGCUGCCAACAAGUCCACAUCCGUGGUGUGA